GCCGGAGUGCGUCGAGGGCCUGCAGGACCUGGGGGCCUUGGAGCCCGUCCAGCAGGUGACCCGGGAGAUGCUGGGAUUCAGGACCGCCUACGCUGCGCCGGCCAGGGCGGGGAGGCGCCCUGUCGCUGGUGCUGCCAGCCCCUGGCCAGCUUUUGCCGCGCGGCCCGCCUCGACCCGGAGCGGAUGUCGGCGGACCUGCAGGAGCUCUCGGCGGCCCUGGAGUUGCUCGCCGACCUCGGGCAGGACUCCGCGCCGGACACCUGGGGCGCGUGCCUCGACAG